UGACAGAAAAACUCCUUUACCAGUUAUCACACACAAACACACUCACUGUGUGUCAUUUUUUUAUAAAAAAAAAUUACUAAAAUAUAUAUACAUAUAUUCUUUUAAACCUUCCAUUUAUACCAACCGAAUUUUCACCGAAAACCACCACCAUCUCCGGCCACCACCAGCGCAAAACCAUGGCGCCAAAACUCCUAAUGCUGACCGCGAUAUGCCGAUUAAUCGUGAUCGUCGGAUUAACACUAAACCCUAACGACCUCCACCUCAUCGAACCCGAAAUUCAGUUAUCCUUCAACCGUACGGACAUCCAGUCAGCCUCAUCCGACUUCGGGAAAACCGUUACCCAAUCCCCAGUGGCGGUUCUGCAUCCGUCGUCCCCAACAGACAUCGCGAAUCUAGUAAAACUCGCGUACGAGUACGGAUUCGCGGUGUCUGCCAGAGGCCACGGACACUCGAUAAACGGCCAGGCGACCACGGCAAAUGGGGUGGUGGUGCAAAUGACCCGUUCGCCGCGGUCGCCUGUUGCUGCACCGUUACCGGUGCCAGUUGUUAAUGAGAAGUUGAUGUAUGUUGAUGUGUGGGGUGGAGAGCUUUGGAUUGAUGUGCUCAAGUGCACCUUAACAUAUGGACUGGCGCCAAAAUCAUGGACUGAUUACUUGUACCUUUCUGUUGGAGGUACAAUCUCUAAUGCAGGGAUUAGUGGACAAGCGUUUAACUAUGGCCCUCAGAUUAGUAACGUUUAUGAAGUUGAUGUAGUCACAGGGAAAGGGGAGCUGGUGACAUGCACAGAGGAUCAAAAUUCGGAGUUGUUUCAUGCUGUUUUGGGAGGGUUAGGACAAUUUGGGAUUAUUACAAGAGCUAGAAUCGCGUUGGAACCUUCUCCUCAAAGGGUGAGAUGGAUCCGGGUACUAUAUUCAAACUUCUCAAGUUUUACACAUGAUCAAGAGUACCUCAUUUCUCUUCAUGGUCAACCAAACUCACAAAAGUUUGACUAUGUUGAGGGUUUUGUGAUUGUUGAUGAGGGUUUGAUUAACAAUUGGAGGUCCUCCUUCUUCUCCCCAAGCAAUCCGGUGAAAAUUUCCUCGGUUUCUUCGGGUGGCAAUGUCUUAUACUGCCUCGAAAUCACGAAGAACUACUACCAUCAUUCCGAUCUAGAAACCGUCAAUCAGGAAGUGGACGCUUUGUUAAAGAAACUAAACUAUAUACCAGCAUCAGUCUUCACCACUGACCUCCCAUAUGUGGAUUUCUUGGACCGGGUUCACACAGCCGAGUUGAAACUCCGGUCCAAGGGGUUAUGGGAUGUACCACACCCAUGGCUCAACUUGUUUGUACCCAAGUCAAGAAUUGCUGACUUUGACCAAGGAGUCUUCAAGGGUAUUUUGGGGAAUAAGACAAGUGGGCCCAUUCUCAUCUAUCCCAUGAACAAAAACAAGUGGGACGAAGAAACUUCAGUGGUGACACCAAAUGAGGACGUGUUUUAUUUGGUGGCGUUGCUCAGAUCUGCAUUGCAAAAUGGUGAAGAAGCAUUGACAUUAGAGCGACUGAGUGAUGAGAACCGUCGGAUUUUAAAAUUUUGUGAAGAACAAAAUAUCGGUAUCAAACAGUACUUGCCACAUUACACCACACAACAAGAGUGGAUGGAUCACUAUGGAGAAAAGUGGCCACAGAUUUACAAGAGGAAGAUGGAGUUUGACCCUCGUCAUAUACUAGCCAUGGGUCAAAGGAUAUUCGAGCCAAGUUUUACUUCAACGAUGAAAUCGUGGUGAUAUCAAUGGUGUCACUAGCGGAACUAUAAUGAAAAUAAUUCUUUCUAUAAGUCACAAGAUAAACCAAUAUUUCUAGAUAUAUUCAUGUACAUAAUGACAACCAUUAUCAUAGAUCAAAAUCAACCAUUUUUUUUUCGGUUCACUGAUAUAAUACUUUUGUUUGAAAUUCCUUA